AUGGAGAGCGUCGAGCAUGGAAUUGGCGAGAAAGAGAAGGGUACGACAGGUUAUGUCGAGCAUUUGUCUACUAAAUCCAGCAAGUCUGCAAAGGGAAUUGGAGAUGUGGCAGCACAGGACUGGACUCCGGAAGAAGAGCGCAAGAUUGUUUGGAAAAUCGACUUUCGGGUGUUCCCCAUGCUUUGUGUGGUAUUCGGGCUGUCGCUGCUGGACCGCUCUAAUAUAUCCGCCGCCUUUAUUGCGAACAUGAGCGUCGAUCUCGAACUUGUCGGCAAUCGAUACAAUAUUGCGCUCCUUGUCUUCUUCAUCGGUUAUGGCCUGUUUGAGCUGCCAUCGAACUAUGUGAUUCGUCGCGUUGGAGCUCGCUGGUGGCUCAGCUUUUUGAUCGUCUCUUGGGGAGCAUGCGUACUGGGAAUGGGCUUUGUCACACACUGGAGUAUCCUCACCGUGCUCCGUGCUUUUCUUGGUGUCUUUGAGGCUGGUCUGUUUCCCGGAGCUGUCUAUAUCAUUGGAUCAUGGUAUCGACGAUUCGAGACGGCGAGACGGAUCUCAAUCUUCUACAUGGCAUCUUUACUAGCUUCUGGCUUUGGCCCGAUCUUUGCCUACGUCUUGUCUCUCAUUCGCGUUGGGGAUGGCCUUUAUGCUCAAGGGUGGCGUUGGAUAUUCAUCGUCGAGGGCAUAGCCACCGUCGUGGCAGGACUGAUCUCGCCCAUGUUCCUGAUCGAGUUUCCCGAGAAGGUGAAAUUCUUGACCGAACGACAAAAGUACAUCGCUCUCAAACGCGUGAAAGAAGAAACACAAAGCGURGAAAUCCUCCAUCCGAGUGCAAAGGAGACUCUCCGCAUGGUCCUCGACUGGAAAAUUCUGCUCUAUGGCUUCAUGUACUUCAUACAGGCAUCGAGUGUCUACUCCCUGGCAUUCUUCGCUCCUAUCAUUCUAAGGCAAGGCUUGGGCUUCGAAUACGCCAAGGCGCAACUUCUGUCGUCUCCGCCAUACGUUUUCACCAUCUUUGGAUCCAUUGCUGGGGCGUACGUCUCCGAUAAAAUCAAAAUGCGGUGGCCUAUUAUGACUUUCCAGUCUAUCAUCGGUAUCGUCGGACUACUUGUAGUGUUAUACGCUCGACCUCCAGGCGCCCGGUACUUUGGGCUGUUCCUCGCCACCUAUGGAACUCAAGGCAACAUACCCGCAACACUGACACUGGGGCAGGACAACUGCUCUCGAAUGGAGAAGAAGGGCAUCACAGCUGCCGUGAUGAUCACCAUGGGAGCAGCGGGUGGUGUGUGUGGAUCCACGAUCUUCCGUCCUCAGGAUAGCCCGGACUACCUGAUUGGAAUGUGGACGACGAUAUCGCUGCAAUUCACCUACAUUCUAAUCACCCUCGUGCURGUUGCUUUCUUCAAGAUGCAAAACCGUAAAGCUGACCGAGACGGUAAAAUCCUGGAAAAGGUGCCCGGCUUCAGAUUUGUUGCAUAG